GUUUCUGGAAGAAGCAAGUGUUUCCUCUGGGCUUGCUUGCUGCUAGGUUUACUAGCAACAUUCUGCCCAUAUAUGUUAAGUUUGGCGCCUAACCAACAGGCGUUUAACUCUCUAUCUUAAUAAUUCAAUAUCUGCAUGUUAAUAUUGCAAACGAUCUUGCGAGGUGAAACGUAAUCUUGCCUGAAAGGCAUCUUUGAAUAUAAGUGGAACACGAGAUUACGAUGCCAUCCCCGAUGGAGGGAUCUUCCAGAGAAGGUGACCUCUUUACUGUGAAACAUGAGCUGAAAAAUGCCAACCUGACGGGCCAUGUAGAGAGAGUGGGCAUUGAAAACUUUGAGCUAUUAAAGGUGCUGGGCACAGGAGCAUAUGGCAAGGUGUUCCUGGUGAGGAAAGUGAGCGGUCAUGAUGCAGGGAAGCUGUAUGCCAUGAAGGUUUUGAAGAAGGCCACUAUUGUACAAAAGGCAAAGACUGCCGAACACACACGGACGGAGCGGCAAGUGCUGGAGCACAUCCGCCAGUCUCCAUUCCUCGUAACUCUUCACUAUGCCUUCCAGACGGACACCAAGCUGCACCUCAUUCUCGAUUAUGUAAAUGGUGGGGAGCUCUUCACACAUUUGGUGCAAAGGGUGCGAUUUAAGGAACAAGAAGUUGCCUUGUACAGUGGAGAGAUUGUGUUGGCGCUGGAACAUCUACACAAGCUCGGGAUUGUCUACCGAGAUCUGAAGCUUGAGAAUAUUCUGCUGGAUUCAUCUGGUCAUAUAGUUCUCACAGACUUUGGCCUCAGUAAAGAAUUUGAUCAGGUGGAAAGGGCAUUUUCUGUGUGCGGCACCAUCGAAUAUAUGGCUCCAGAAAUUGUGGAAGGAGGAGAGUCUGGACAUGACAAGGCGGUGGACUGGUGGAGCCUCGGCGUUUUGAUGUACGAGCUUUUGACUGGCGGAUCACCCUUCACCGUUGAUGGAGAUGAGAACUCGCACACAGACAUCGCCAAGAGGAUUGUAAAAAAGGAUCCUCCUUUCCCCAAAGAUAUGGGACCUCUGGCCAAAGACGUCAUCCAGCGACUCCUCAUCAAAGAUCCAAAGAAGAGAAUGGGCUCGGGUCCUAAUGGAGCAGAGAAUGUGAAAAAACACCCGUUUUACCAGAAAAUAAACUGGGAGGACCUGGCAGCUAAGAAGGUGCCCGCCCCGUUCAAGCCAGUGAUUCGGGAUGAGCUGGAUGUCAGCAACUUUGCAGAAGAGUUCACAGAGAUGGACCCCACCUACUCUCCCGCAGCUCUGCCUCAGAACUGCGAUCGCAUCUUCCAGGGCUACUCCUUCAUGGCCCCCUCCAUCCUGUUCAAGAGGAAUGUGGUGAUGGACGACCCUGUCCAGCUGUAUGGGGGCUCUGAGAGGCCGGGUUCUGCUGCGGUGGCCCGCAGCGCCAUGAUGAAGGACUCUCCUUUCUACAUGAGCUAUGAGAUGAACCUGAAGGACAGUGUUUUAGGAGAGGGGAGCUUCUCCAUCUGCAGGCGGUGCACACACAAGAAGACUGGACAGAAAUACGCAGUCAAGAUUGUCAGCAAGAGAAUGGAGGCACAGACUCAGCGGGAAAUAGCAGCCCUGAAGCUCUGUGAUGGCCACCCUAACAUUGUCAAGUUACAUGAGAUUUACCACGACCAGCUCCACACGUACCUCGUUCUGGAGCUGCUCGGUGGAGGGGAGCUGCUGGAGAGGAUCCGCAGGAAGCAACAUUUCAGCGAAACGGAGGCGAGCCGCAUCAUGCGAAAACUGGUGUCGGCCGUCAGUCACAUGCACGACGUAGGAGUCGUGCACAGGGACCUGAAACCGGAGAACCUGCUCUUCACAGACGAGAGUGAGAACUCCGAGAUAAAAAUCAUAGACUUUGGCUUUGCUCGCCUCAAACCGCCAGACAAUCAGCUCCUGAAGACUCCCUGCUUCACCCUGCAUUACGCAGCACCAGAGAUACUCAAAUACGACGGCUACGAUGAGUCCUGUGACCUGUGGAGUCUGGGGGUCAUUCUGUACACAAUGCUGUCAGGCCAGGUGCCCUUUCAGUGUCAGGAGAAGAGCCUGACCCACACCAGCGCUGAGGAAAUUAUGAAGAAAAUUAAACAGGGAGACUUCUCUUUCGAAGGCGAGGCCUGGAGAAACGUGUCCCAGCAGGCCAAGGACCUGAUACAAGAGCUGCUGACGGUGGACCCAAACAAGAGGAUUAAGAUGUGCGGCCUACGUUACAAUGCCUGGCUCCAGGACGACAGCCAGCUGUCCUCCAACCCACUCAUGACCCCGGAUAUUCUUGGCUCCUCCACUGCCUCCGUCCACACUUACGUCAAAGUUACCUUUAAUGCAUUUAACAAAUGCAAGCGGGAAGGUUUCCGCCUGCAGACGGUGGACAAAGCGCCACUAGCCAAGAGGAGGAAGAUGAAAAAGACAAGUACCAGCACAGAGACCCGCAGCAGCUCCAGUGAGAGCACUCACUCCUCGUCCUCCUCCUCCCAGUCUCAGGAGAAGACUUUUCCAGAGGGCAGCAACGCCAAGCCGCAGGCCUCCAUCAGCACCCCUCUCACCACGCCCGCCAACACACCCGUGGCCCUGGGAACGGACUCUGAGCAGCAACAAGCGCAUCCAGCCUUUCACUUCUCAGAAGCACAGUGAGACAGCAACAGGAAAAAGGGAGCUUCAGACAGUUUCACGACCCGCAGGAUGGCUCGGACCGGCGCGCUUCUCUUUCUCUCCGUCCCUGGCAGCUCUCUGCCUCUAGCGCAAUCGCAUGGACGUCCGCACGUCUCCACAACCAAGCAUGCAGCAGGAGCAGCAACCUCACCUCAGUAUCAAUCAAUCAUCACUAGCAAUAGCCUCUCCUUUUCUUUCUCUCUCAUGUUCACACACAGACAUGUGGCAUUCAGGGACCGGACCAGGAAGAAGUCGUCACCAAUGUCCAAAAUGAAAAGGGCUGCUCUACUGCCCCGGGGCCGGACAGACAAUGGAAAGACAUCUUCGGUCUCGUCAACAAAAAAAGAAUUGCAGCUCGCACUCUGUCCGCUCCAUUUACUUGUCUUCGUCCAUGCCUCCUGAGGUUUUUAAAGGGAAAGUCGUAGUGUUUACACCAUGGACGCUUUGUGUUUCUGUUUUGUCAAAGGGGGAGAAGAAAUGCAGCGUGCUGCAGCGUAACGUCUCUGCGAGAUGGAGCAGGGUAUUUAUAUGUGAAUUUUAAAGACUGAGAUUUAUUUAUGAUACGCUAUAUUGUUAACUUAUUCACGGACUGAUCUGAAAAGAAAUAAUGGAUAGAGUGAGUCUUUUUAAAAAUGUGUCAGUGUGUGUGUGUGUGUGUGUGUGUUUCAGCUCAAAGACUGUUUCUCUGUCGUCAGACGGUUGUUCUUUCAUCAUCGUGAUCAUCGUACGCGUUAAUGCUUCAAGUAGGUUAUUGAGACCGUUAUGUAAACAUUGUAAGACUAUUAUAGGCAAGAAGAGAUUAACAGCAUUAGCUACUCGUUAAUGGUUGUGACAUUUAUGUAACCAAAGUCCUUUUGGACUUUAUUUAUGGAGGCUGGGGAGUUUUGGUAUUGAACUGCAGUUGUGUCCAGUGGUCAAAAAGAGUAACUUCCUUGUUCAUAAGGAUUAAAGAAGCAGACGCGUAAACAUUUUUUUAUAGGAACAACCAAAUGUGGAUGUAGUGUUUUCAGCCAAAUGUGUGGUUUUAUUGUUGUAUGGGGGAGUCCUGCUGCCUGAGGGGACGUGACCCUACAAGAAGAGCUAUAUUUAGACUUAUGUUUGCCUCCAACGUGAGAGCACGACUACUUCCAGACUCAGCAUCGCUGCUGUUCCACAUAGUCUGAUCCUCAAGUCAGUAUUUAGCCCAGCAGUGGAUUUGCCUUGUGUGGUGUGAGGACUUAAUUAUAACUACAACCAAUUGGAUUGAGCAGAAUAUCCCAAAUGGAAAGUUCCGAUCAGCUUAGUGCGAGGUGAACGUGUCGCGGCAUUUGUGCUUUGAGUUUCCUGAGUUUCCCAAAGGUGCAGCAUCAAGUGGCUUCCCUUUUCAGAUGAAAACAAGAUCAAAUUAUUUGAAAAUGAAAAGGUUUAUGUGCCAAAAAAAGAAAAACUGCAAUUAAAUCAGGUAAAGGACACGUUGGAGUCUGAGUUUUUUAUGCAAUCUGCUGCAAAAGGUUGCCCCUUGUGUCGCUGCCCAAAGUCUUAAAACUACUGCAAACUUCUACCCUUUAAUGAAAACAUUAAGUCCCCGAGGACAGACCUCAAACAAACACCCCUUGCUCUAUUUACCAUGUUGUACUGCAUGAUCUUUGCACCAUGUGACCGCUCUCACUAUGAGGCAGAUAUCUGCUUCUUUUAAAUCCCCAGUGCAUGAACUGAAACAUCCCCCCCCCCCCCCCCCCCCCCUCGUCCUUUUCCUUCCUUCUCUUUGUUUUAUGGGCAGAUUCUCACUUGAUUUAAUGUUUAAGUUUGUUUACUUGCACAUUUGAAUUUGCCCGAUUUUUUUUAAUUCGGGACGUGGAAGUUUUACAGUUUGAGGUGUUUGGAUGUAAACACCAAACAUGUCUUUUCUUUUUUUACAAUAGUCUGAAUAUUGUAAUGUCCCGACGUUACACUGCUGGUGCAAAGUAAACACCGCGCUCGGUUAAUUGUUUUUUUGCAAGUAUGUGUUCGUCUGUUUUGGUGGUGAUGGUUGAAAUACUGUAUUCUGUUGACGUACAUGUCGUGCUCAGUAUGUGAAGCUGCCUCCGAACAGUUUCUCCUGCUCAAUGAGUGUACGCAUUCUCAGUUGGACUACUGUGUGCAUCUCUCAUCUUCUUCCAUUUUUAAUGCACUCUGAAUCCGAACCAAAGCAUUAACUUCAAGGUAGCUGCUCUAAGCUGCAUGAGGAAUCUCCUUUUUCAUGCAUAUAUGCAAAGAAUUGCUUCAUAUAUACAUCAUCGGUUUGUGUUUGUUGUGUCCAACUGGUGAAAUAUGUUCGAUGUCUCUAGCUCAGAUAGAUUUGUAACGGCGUACAAGGUGUUUCUUUAUAGGAUCUAAAAUCUCCUUAUCCAGCACAGGAUCAUGCUUUAAACUAUGCAUCUCUUUUUCGCUAUUGUGUUCCUUUUUGCCAUUUCAUGUGACCUCGCCAAAUGGGUCCAAACAUAAUGCUUAAAAGGGCGAAGCUCGUCGUUCGUAUAAUGUACUUUUACCCUCGUCGCAAAGUACAAACCGUUGGCCGUAUGAAAAGCAGGAAUCCUUGGAGCUGAACACUACAAAGCUCUUGUCUAACUUAGUUCGCUUGAGUUCCCCGUUGCUGCCUCAUUAAGCCUCUUUUCUUUUGUUUGGGUGUAUUAAUAGCUCAAGUGGAGGAAGAGGAGAAGUGUCCUAUAUUGAGGCUCUAUUAGCUGAUGUGCUGCAGCGCUGUUUGCUCCAAAGAAAAUUCCGUACUCCACACAGCGCCUCUGUGGGACGCAGCUCACUUUGCUUUGUAGGAAAAUAAGAGUGUAUCACAGGAACAGGGUUGGUUUAAUACCAACGUCUCUCGG